CUGCUUGAGAUGCGAGGUAGAGAGAGAGAGAGAGAGAGAGUCUCAGACACCAGACGAGAGUAGAGAGAGAGAGAGAGGAAAUCAGGUCGAAGAUGUUGCGGUUGAAGCGGUUGAGCUCUAGGGCACCAAGAAUUCUCAGUUCUCGAAUCUUCUUCACAAUGGAAGACAAACCGAUCUUUCUCAUACCUUCACAUAAUCCAUCACAAAGGUCCUCAAAUCGCUUCCUCGACAUUUACCAGAUUGGAAACAAAGCUGCGAUCGAGAAAGAGCGUGCUCGACUUGCAGAUGAGAUGAAUAGGGGUUACUUUGCUGACAUUUCUGAGAUGAAGCAACAUGGUGGUAAGAUUGCAUUGGCAAAUAAGAUUAUAAUUCCGGCAAUGGCAGCUGUGAAGUUUCCAGCACUAGAAGUGAAUUAUUCGGAUGGUACAACUCUUAAGCUGCCGAUGACUUCUAGUGGGAAUGGUGUUGAUGCAUACAAGUCAGUUGUCCCAAAGGCAACCUUACUAUGUCUUUCAUUCCGAGCAAGUUCUCAGGCAAUGGUUGAUUCUUGGAGUGUGCCUUUUCUUGAGGCUUUCAGUAACUCAGAAAAAAUUAAGUUAUACGAGGUCUCCUUAAUAGACUCAUGGCUACUGUCGCUUAAUCCAAUUAAGCGGCUACUCCUUCGGAUAAUGAAGAAAUCUAAACCUGAUGGAAAGGAUAAUGUGCUGCAGAGACAGAUUGUUUAUUCAUUUGGGGACCAUUAUUACUUAAGAAAAGAGCUUAAAAUAUUGAACCUUCUCACUGGGUACAUAUUCUUGCUCGACAAUUUUGGUAGAGUACGGUGGCAAGGUUUUGGAUUGGCAACGCAAGAAGAGUUGUCGUCACUGUUGUCUUGCACGUCACUUCUAUUAGAAGAGAAGAGGAAUGAUAUAGCCAAAGCAGAUUAACAGGGUUGAGUGAAGUGAGAAUAUUUUAUGGUUGCUUUUUGUAUUCUAGAUAUUUUAAAAAAAAAAUUUAUUCAUUUUCAGAAAUUUAAAUGAGUCGAUUGCCUAGUGUUUUUUUGACAGUAAUGUGACUGGCAUCUGAUAAGCUGGAACGAGAUAGCAAAAGAAACCAUUGAAGCCGACAAUGCCAAUUAAAGUAAGCUGAUUUGUAGCAGAAUAAAUUUUGUUUUGACCAAAAAAAUGGAAAUUUAAUCCCUCAAUCUUGUGUAUUAAACCUUCUGCCUCAUCAAUACAUGAAAUACGUCUCAGAUUUAUAUUCA